GAAAGUGCCUGGAGUAUCAUAGUGCCUGGCACUGGAGAAAGUUCUCAGUGAAAGUUAGCUAUGCCUUCUGUUCAUGUAUUCUUUUUUUCUAGGGUCAUUUCUUGAAAUCCAUUGUUUGCGUUAGACAGACCCUUUUUUGGGAGUCAUGGAUCUUUUUUUUAGGAAGCCGUUCCUACACACCAGGAUUCAGAGGGUCAUGUUCCUGGAGAGUAUUUGAGGACCCUUGGUUAGCACCCUAGCUGCCACUAGAUCCUGAAUCUAGGAUUUGUCUUCUGAGUUAGAAGACAUUUCUGGCCAAAGAAACAAAGAGCUCACCCCCAAAGCUUCAGAGUGGCAGUUUAAAGUCCUUAAAAGGCCUUUAAAGUCCUUAAAUUGGUCAUAUUUGUAACUGACAUUUGUGCUGUAUAGGCACAAGAAGCAAUUUACGGAAGGCUCUUGUAAUCAUUGUGAUUGGUUGGUUUGAGGGGAUGGGGGAGAGGUCAUCAUCCCAAGUAUUGAGUGGGUUAAGUAGAUUUGGGAGGCUGCGUGAAAGCAGAUUUCAGGUAACCUUCAGAGGGUCUGAGUUGUGUCCAGUUCCACUUUUGGAUCACUCACUUCCACAUUCUGUUUCUCUUCUCUGGGACUCCAGUUUCUGUUUUAUUUUUCAAAAGCCCUGCAGUUUCCCAGUGGUUUUCCCCUGAUGCUGCCAUCCCACAGAGAGGGCUCUUUCUCUGGACAGGCGGAGGAGUUUGCGUGGAGUGUGGCCGAUGUAGUUAGUGUGUACCUCAUCCAGCAGGGUGCUGGCGGGAGACUGAUUGUCACAGCAGAAGCAGUUAGACCAGCGAUGUGCCUUCUAAUUUGUAUUCUGUUUCCAACUCCAGAGCAUGAUGAUCGAGUUAGUUUCCCUCAAAGGAGAAAGAAAGGCCGGGGUCCUUUCCGGUGGAAGUGUGGUGAGGGGAACCGUAGGUCUGGCAGAGGAGGUACUGGCAUUCGGUCUUCCCGCCUUGAGGAUGAUGACAGAGAUGUGGCAAUGAGUGAUGCCCAGGACGUUCCCCGAGUUCGAUACAACCCCUAUGCUGCGCGACCCAACCGUCGGGGUGAUAAUUGGCAUGAUCGAGACCGAAUUCAUGUUACUGUGCGGAGAGACAGAGUUCCUCCACAGAGAGGAGGGGCUGGCACCAGCCAGGACGGGACCUCGAAGAACUGGUUUAAGAUUACAAUUCCUUAUGGCAGGAAAUAUGACAAGUCAUGGCUCCUGAGUAUGAUUCAGAGCAAAUGCAGUGUCCCUUUCACCCCCAUUGAGUUUCACUAUGAAAACACACGGGCCCAGUUUUUUGUUGAGGAUGCCAGUACUGCCUCUGCAUUGAAGGCUGUCAACUAUAAGAUUUUGGAUCAAGAGAACCGAAGGAUAUCUAUCAUCAUCAACUCCUCUCCUCCACCCCUUACUGUACAGAAUGAACUGAAGCCAGAGCAAGUAGAGCAACUAAAGCUGAUCAUGAGCAAACGAUACGAUGGCUCCCAACAAGCACUUGACCUCAAAGGCCUCCGUUUAGACCCAGAUUUGGUGGCCCAAAACAUUGAUGUCGUCCUGAAUCGUAGAAGCUGUAUGGCAGCUACCCUACAAAUCAUUGAGGACAACAUUCCUGAGCUGUUGUCCUUGAAUUUGAGCAGUAACAAGCUGUAUAGACUGGAUGACAUGUCCAGCAUUGUGCAGAAAGCACCCAACCUAAAGAUCCUAAACCUCUCCAGAAACGAGUUGAAAUCUGAGCGGGAAUUGGACAAGGUAAAGGGGCUGAAGCUAGAAGAGCUAUGGCUCGAAGAAAACCCCCUGUGCGACACCUUCCGAGACCAAUCCACCUACAUCAGCGCCAUUCGUGAACGAUUUCCCAAAUUAUUACGCUUGGAUGGCCAUGAGUUACCCCCACCAAUUGCCUUUGAUGUUGAAACCCCCACGACGUUACCGCCCUGCAAGGGAAGCUACUUUGGAACAGAGACCCUGAAGCACCUGGUCCUGCACUUCUUGCAGCAGUACUAUGCAAUUUAUGACUCUGGAAACCGGCAGCGGCUCCUGGACGCAUACCACGAUGGAGCCUGCUGCUCCCUGAGCAUCCCUUUCACCCCCCAGAACCCCGCCCGAAGCAACUUAGGCGAGUACUUCAAAGACAGCAGGAACGUGAAGAAACUUAAAGACCCCACCCUGCGGUUCCGGCUGCUGAAGCACACACGGCUCAAUGUCGUCGCCUUCCUCAAUGAGCUGCCCAAGACUCAGCACGACAUCAAUUCCUUCGUGGUCGACAUAAGUGCCCAAACAAACACAUUGCUGUGUUUUUCUGUCAAUGGAGUCUUCAAGGAAGUGGAUGGAAAGUCUCGGGAUUCUUUGCGAGCCUUCACGCGGACGUUUGUCGCUGUUCCAGCCAGCAAUUCAGGGCUGUGCAUUGUAAAUGACGAGCUGUUUGUGCGGAAUGCCAGCCCUGAGGAGAUCCAAAGAGCUUUCGCCAUGCCUGCGCCCACACCCUCCUCCAGCCCAGUGCCCACCCUCUCCCCAGAGCAGCAGGAAAUGCUGCAGGCAUUCUCUACGCAGUCUGGCAUGAACCUCGAGUGGUCCCAGAAGUGCCUUCAGGACAACAACUGGGACUACACCAGAUCUGCCCAGGCCUUUACUCAUCUGAAGGCCAAGGGUGAAAUCCCAGAGGUGGCGUUCAUGAAGUGAUCCCUAGUCAGUCCCAGAAGCAGCCCCCUGUAAAUAGCCCCCGGAUAUUGAUGUCUUGCCAUGGUAGCCGUCUCUUCCUCUCCGGCCUGGCCUGAGGCCACCCUGUGACUGUGACGGAGGAGGGAGGCUGCUGGAUCCCUCUCCUCACCUGCCUUCUGGAAGACUUUUCAGAAGAUUGAGCCUCACUGGUGCCAGGAAGCCAAAGGUUCCUCUGUAGAACUGACACUAAACUACUCGAAGGACUGAGGUGCUUUGUGUACUUACCCCCAGGAUCCCCGGUCCCCCUACUUUUUAAGAUAAAGAGUGAUACUGUA